CACCAACUCGGAAGCUGGCAUGAGAAACGCGACUCGGCAAGGCUGUAGAUGAUCUUUUUCUUUUCGAGUCUUUAAAAUCUCGAUGCUGUAAUAUUCUUCUUCUCUUCUCACUUCGUCUUCAUAACCCUUCUCGUCAUUGCAGCGUGUCUCUGUUCUCUCCAUCUCACAAAGAUACCCCACCUCCUUCACGAAUAUCGAGACAUUUUGAAGACACUCUACUCACAAUGGCGACCCCUCUCAAUGUGUUGAUGAUCGGUACCGGCGAGUAUACCACCGGCUUCGUUGGCGGUGGCGCCUCCGGAUCCGACAAGAAGGUGGGCGUUGUCGGCCUCACCCUCUUCGACCUGCGACGACGAGGCAAAGUCGGCCAGCUGGGCAUGGUCGGCGUCAAUGGCACCAAGUUUCCCGCAAUCCGAGAGCACCUCAACAAGAACAUCACCCAAGUCUACAACAACCUGGACACCUCGUUCGACUCAUUCCCAGCCAACGACAAGGUCGAUGCCGACGCCUACAAGGCCGCCAUUGACCAGCUCAAGCCCGGCGAUGCCAUCACCAUCUUCACCCCCGAUCCUACCCACUUCCCCAUUGCGCUGUACGCCAUCGAGCGCGGCAUCCACGUCCUCAUCACUAAGCCCGCCGUGAAGCUGCUGGAGCACCACCUGGAGCUGGCCCAAAAGGCCGCCGAAAAGGGCGUCUACGUCUUCAUCGAGCACCACAAGCGCUUCGACCCCGCCUACUCAGACGCCCGCUUCAAGGCGCAGACCCUGGGCGACUGGAACUACUUUUACUCAUACAUGUCGCAACCCAAGUCGCAGCUUGAGACGUUCAAGUCCUGGGCCGGCAAGGAGUCCGACAUCUCCUACUACCUCAACAGCCACCACGUCGACAUCUGCGACUCCAUGGUCCAGCAGCGCGGCUACCUGCCCACCAAGGUCUCGGCCACCUCCUCCAAGGGUGUCGCCACCAGCCUGGGCUGCGUCGACGAGACCGAGGACACAAUCUCCCUGCUGGUCACCUGGGAGCGCAAGGACGAGCCCAACAAGCGCGCCAUUGCCGUCUACACCUCCUCGUGGACAGCGCCUCAGCGAGCCGGCAUUCACACCAACCAGUACUUCCACUACCUGGCCAAGGAGGGCGAGAUCCGCGUCGACCAGGCCCACCGAGGCUACGACGUCGCCGACGACCGCGCAGGCCAGCUGCAGUGGUUCAACCCGUUCUACAUGCGCUACGCCCCUGACGAGGACGGCAACUUCAACGGCCAGACGGGCUACGGCUACAUUUCUAUUGAGAAGUUUGUUGAUGGCUGCCGCGCGGUCAACGAGGGGAGGGCCACACCAGCUGACCUGGACGCCAAGGGUCUGCCUACUCUGAACAACACGAUUGCGACGACAGCCAUUCUGGAGGCUGGACGACGGAGUAUCGACGAGGGCCGUGAGAUUAAGAUUGUGGUUGAGAAUGGCCAGUGGAAGCUGGUGUAGAGACAUGAGUUGUAUGCCAACCAAAAUAAUGAAUAGAUGAAAUGAAAGUUAUAAAAAAAGUAAAAUAAAUAUUUAAAAUGAUAUAAAAACAAUUUUCUUC